CUGCAGCUGCUCUGCUGACUCAUGUGCCCCAGCAGCCAGCAGGAGCUGGGAGCAUGGGCUCCCCAGGGCCCUUGGCAGACUGGGGGCUUCUGGAUUACAAGACCGAGAAGUAUGUGAUGACUAAGAACUGGCGGGUGGGCGUCCUGCAGAGGCUGCUGCAGCUCGGGGCUGUGGUCUACGUGGUAGGGUGGGCCCUCCUCGUCAAGAAAGGCUACCAGGAACAGGACCUGGACCCCCAGAUUUCCGUUAUCACCAAACUCAAAGGCGUUUCUGUGGCCCAGAUCAAGGAGCUGGGGAGUCGGCUGUGGGAUGUGGCUGACUUCGUGAAGCCGGCGCAGGGGGAGAAUGUGUUCUUCUUGGUGACCAACUUCCUUGUGACGCCAGAACAAGUUCAGGGCAGGUGCCCAGAGCACCCCUCCAUCCCGCUGGCUAGCUGCUGGGCCCACGAAGACUGUCCUGAAGGGGAGACAGGGACACACAGCCAUGGCAUAAAAACAGGCCAGUGUGUGGUGUUCAAUGAGACCCACAGGACCUGUGAGAUCCUGGGUUGGUGCCCAGUGGAGAGCGACACUGUGCCCACGGAGCCCCUACUGGUCCAGGCCGAGAACUUUACACUGUUCAUCAAAAACACCGUCACUUUCAGCAAGUUCAACUUCUCCAAAUCCAAUGCCUUGGAGACCUGGGACAACACCUAUUUCAAGCGCUGCCGAUAUGACCCCCGCUCCAGCCCCCACUGUCCGGUGUUCCGCAUUGGGGACCUCGUGGCCGCAGCUGGAGGGGUCUUUGAGGACCUGGCCUUGCUGGGCGGUGCGAUAAGCAUCCAUGUCCUCUGGGAUUGCAACCUGGACACUGGGGGCUCUGACUGCCAACCCCACUACUCCUUCCAGCUGCAGCAGAGGAGCUACAAUUUCAGGACAGCCACUCACUGGUGGGAAGCCUCAGGUGUGGAGGCCCGGAGCCUGCUUAAACUCUAUGGGAUUCGCUUCGACGUCAUCGUUACUGGGCAGGCAGGGAAGUUUGGGCUCAUCCCCACGACCAUCACUUUGGGCACCGGAGUAGCUUGGCUGGGCGUGAUCACCUUCUUCUGUGACCUGCUGCUGCUGUACGUGGAUGGAGAAGCCCAUUUCUACUGGACAACCAAGUAUGAGGAGGCAAAGGCCCCGAAGGUGACCGCCAGCCCUGAGCAAACAGAGCCGGCCUCUUCACCCCCGACCCAGGCUGCCCACGUGGCUUAGAGGCGGCCCAGCUCCUGCCCCAAUGGUCACUGCUUUUGAGAGCCAGACGCUGAUGCCAGGGUGGCCCUGCCCGGGCUCUGGCCCCCACUCGCUGGCCCAUUCUUGAAGCCUGUAACCAUUUCCUGUGGCUGCAAAGGGUGGGUCCCACCUAAGGGACCUCAUGGAUGAAGCCCCUGCAGAACCAGGGUGGGGCGUGUGGGGAGAAUUCUACUGUCAACUCCUAGGCAGACUGUCCUUCCCCUGACUCCAGCUUUGGAGCAGUGCUGCCUGGGGAGUGAC